AUGUCUCAUUCAGAAAGCGACAUCGCUACUUCAGCGCAAUCAUCAUCGGACAAUAAUAAGCAGUCGUGUUGGUGCUCUCAUCGUCGAAGUCUGUUUUCCGCCACCCUUUUUAUUGGAUUGGGAAUUGCCGUUGCCCUAUUGUCAGGUGAUGGUGCUCCGUUCUUUACCGUCAUGUGGUUUCUGGGACUGCCUCUGGUGUUUCUGAUAUUGCGAUACCUCUGGCUCCGACUGUGUCGAGAUCCCUUUCUCUCUCAAAGUGAUACUCUGGGUGCUGUGACUUGGGAAUCCAUGACUACCUGUCCACCGAGCCUCCAGCGAACCGUCCCUACCAGUCUGUUCUGGAUCUUCUUUGUGCUCUGUUUUGCCGGCGCCUUUUUGGGGUUUGAUGUGGGAAAUGACAAUUUGGAACCGGACAUGUUCAUUGUGGUUACCUUUAAUGGAUUUGGAAGUCUAUUGAUUUUAUGCAGUGCCGUUUGGCUUGUGGAUGCCCUUUGUUUGCUUUAUCUGUUUGUAGUGGCAGACAAGAUGCUGGGACACACGGGUGCCGCGCAAGACUGGUGGUACCGUAGCAAAAUGAUGUUGUUGUCUCAACAACAAGAAGAAGAAGCCGCCCGGCAAUCUGUGGCGACUGCUGCAACUGGCAAUUCUGAAACAGUAGACGAUGCGGACGCCGAAAAGCCAAGACAAUUGGAUCAGAGACGCUCGGCCGCCAAGUGGAGACUACUGCUGAUUCUUGUACUUUACACAUGGUGGACGGUCUGGUCCUAUUUUGCUGCCUAUGAUCCAACUGUCUUGAAACUGAAUGUUCCAGUUCCCAAGUUGCCCCCUCAAUGCGAUGGAUACAAACUCGCCAUGGCAGCGGACUUGCACGUGGGAUCCAUGGCCGGUCUCAGCGAUGCCGAAUGGAUGGUCAAUAAUCUAAACGCCCUGAAUCCGGAUGCCAUUGCCUUGGUGGGAGAUAUUGGGGACCAACCCGUGACGGAUAUCACCCGCCAAAAGAUGGAACCUCUGACGCGUCUGAAAGCACCAGAUGGAGUGUACAUGAGCUUUGGAAACCACGAAAACAUUGAGGGUGUUGCCGAUUACCGUAAGCUGCUUCGAGAAGAGUCUCCUUUUGCGGAAUCUAUGGUUCUCCUAGAGAAUCAACAUGCCAUGCUGAACAAGGCCAACACCGAUGGCUGCUCCAUUGCUUUGAUCGGUAUGGCCGAUUGGAGUGGUUCUGGAGGAAGAGACGAACCCAUUUCCUCCGACUUGCCAAUGAUCAUGUUGCAGCAUCAACCGUUUGGCAUGAAGCAAGCGGCCAAGGACGGGAUUGGACUCCAACUCAGUGGUCAUACACACGGCGGACAAAUCUGGCCCCAGCACAUCACCUUGCUUUCAUAUGACGGUAUUGCAGGACUGGCAGAGUUUGAUGUUGGUUCGGAACAUGGACCAUCGUAUCUUUUCGUAUCGGAAGGUGUGGUUGGAUGGGGCCCUCGCCUUCGUUUCUUGUCUCGCACGGACAUUGCACUGUUGACGCUUCGGACACCAGAGGCCAUGAAGGCGGAAGGAUUGAAACCGGACCUAAGUGUAUCCGUGGCUACUGCUGCCAUGUAUUUUGCAAUAUCCAUCAUUCCAAUCAGUUUGUUACUAUGCUUGAUUCCCGUGUGCUGUUGGGCUCGACAACGGCGGACCGACAACAGAAGGCAACAGCAAGGAGUAGAGACCGAAUCAAAGGACAAGGAUGAAGAGGAAGGCAAGAUUUUUCCAAACUGA